ACACGUAUCGACGAAGCCAAUGGAGAACGAAGAGAUGCUCAAACUCAAAAGGACGCGACUCAUGUCAGUGAAUGAUCCGAGCAACUCCAUUGGGAAUAACAUAAGCUCAGUCGGGCACGGUUCUGAGAGCCUCGAGGAUCGAUGUCGAUUUGGAAGCUCUGAAGCACUGUAGCCGUUUGAUAAGAACCCGUUGCCUCGUCUCUGAGGCUUCAAGUCUCUUCCUAGCCCGAACCCCGGUGAGUACAAAUGCAUUACAUGCAUUAUUGUCAGUCGAUGACAUUUGGAACUACGUACAAACAGGAACAGUCAGUAGUCAUCAUGUCAAGUCCUGCGAACAGUACAGUUCCGCCGACGCCCGCUCCGUCUUCGCCCAACCUCCCACCCUCUGACUCCUGGGGCAACGAUCCUCGCGAGGAUGGGCACGGGGAGACCGCGCCGUAUCCUUUCGACAACAUGUACAAGGACGCGGACGUCGUGCUGCAGGCCUCGGAUGGUACGCGCUUCUACGUGCAUAAAUCGACCCUGCGCGUCGCGUCGAAGUUCUUCUCCAGUAUGUUCUCCUUACCGCAACCUCCGUUCGAACCGAGCUCUAUCGCAGGAUCGAGUGGUGCUCGCGAGGAGAUACCGAGCAUCCCGGUCACGGAGGAUAGCGCAACUCUCGAGCGACUGCUGCGCAUGUGCUACCCGAUCGACAGUCCUGAUGAUUCCGACUCUAGCAUACAGGCAGUGGCUCCGAUCCUUGGUGCGGCCUUGAAGUAUCAGAUGCCAAUGGUCGCCAAGUUGAUGGCCAAGUCAUUGCUGAACCACUGCACAUUCGAUCCUCUUGGCGUCUUUGCUGUCGCAUACAAAUUGGACUUGCAAAAAUACGAAGCAAGAGCAGUUCACGAAUUUACCAAGUGGUGUACGCGCACGAAGCCCACUCAUUCAAGCAAAGGACCCGGUCGCAACGCGGCGGGGAUCCCUGAUAUCACAUCAUCGCGGGCUCAUUCGCUCGGAGAGUACUCCUCAGAGUUGAAUUCUCUCCCUGCAUCGGUUUAUUACCGUCUUCUGGAGUAUCACACCACUACGACAGUGACUAGCUCACUGCAGAACGCAGAGGCCGCUGUGAAGCAUAUCUGUUCUCGCUCUCACAACUUCCCGGAAAUCCUCCACGAGGCCGACGUGCUUGUAGGACGACUCGCUCAUCCAUUCCGCGACACCACUCGUGCAGAUACUAUUGUUCACUCAUCAGACAACUUCGAAUUCCACCUCAGUCGUAACCUGCUCAGUUUCGCAUCACCAGUGUUCGCCAGAUUGUUCCCUGUUUCCUCUACCGCCACCGCGUCCGACUCGUUGGGGGCAUCUCAGACCGGUUCCGCAGUUCAGACGCCGCAUCGUUUCCCCGAAGACGGUCUCACACUAUCGAGACUUUUCCAGCUGUCUUACCCAAUGCCCGACCCCGAGCUCAGUGGAGAUGGCUCGCCGGAUGUCGAACGGAGAAGUGCUCUCUCCCUGUUGGAAGCCGCAAAGAAAUACGAAGUGGCGCGGGCGCUUUCGUUUGCCAAGCAAACCUGUGUCCAAGCUGCACGAGCAUCUCCCGUGCAACUGUAUCUGCUUGCGAUGCAGUACAACUGGAACGAUGUCGCUCAAGAGGCUGCCAUGCGGGCGGUUUACGAGACGUCCGACAAGUACGUGCCAGAAUUGGAGACCGCGUCUACUGCAGCGUACCGUCGCCUACUGGUGUACCGCCAGAAGUGUCGGGAUGUCAUCUUGAAUGGAGGACAGAGCGAAUCUCCAUGGCAGGGGACCCCCAGCACGCCCCCACGUUCGGCGUACUGGAGUAAGUCGAGCUGGCUGCAUUCCCCAGCUGAGGCGAAGUUCUGGCUCGCCUUUCACCACCGCGUCAGCAGCAAUACAGUCACUGCGGAAAACGUAGUCAUGUGGCCCAUGGACGUCGAAGAGUACCUUCCCACUUCAGUACUACUGGAACGCACUGGUAUGGAUUAUCCUCGGCGGGGUGGAUCAAGUACACUGGCACCGCCGACCUGUCCAGCAACCACGGAACCGGGCGACGGAAGACAAGUCGAGCUCGAAAGGAUAGGCGGAGCAUUAGUGAAGAUCGUCUUAUGAUCUCAAGAGCAGAGCGUGAUUCUCGUGCUUGGCACAGUAUGCGAGAACAGCCAUGUGGGCCUGACCGAACGACCAGAGACAUAUAUGUUUGUGCUCACAACCUGUAUCGUUGACACAGAUCGAAAAUUCGAGUUUAUCCAAGUCGGACUCGACUUGGCGACAUUCUGCUGAGACCGUUGACCUGAGCUGCCGCCGCC